CCAUCAUCAACCACUUAAAACCUUCUAAGCAGGAGAUAGAGAGAAAUUACUUUUUCCCUUUCUUGUAAGAUUCUCAAAUCAACUAAAGAAAAUGGCUUUUUGGUCUGCUGAGAAUGCUACUAAAGCCUACCUUACUACAUUGAAAACGGAUCAAAGAACAAAAGAACCAAACGUGGCUGAAUUCAUAUCGGCUCUAGCCGCCGGAAAUAACGCAAGAAAGAUCACCGUGGCUUGUGCCGGAGCAGCAAACGCUGACAUACUCGUUGCCCUAAUCGCCGCGGCUAAUCAAACGCGCGGUCAAGUGGUAUGCGUUUUACGUGGCAUCGAAGAACUAAUCAUAUCCAAGAAAAUGUUGGAACCAUCAGAGAUUCAUCAUAUACAAUUCGUAGUGGGAGAAUCUAACGACAACAAUCUAAUUAAUGAUCAUUUUGGAAAAGCCGAUUUCGUCCUCGUCGAUUGUAACCUCGAGAACCACCAAGAUAUCGUUAGAAAGAUCGUUCAUCACCAUGAAGAAAACGCAAGAACCGGCGGUGGAAGCGGUGCGGCGGUUGUGGUGGGUUAUAACGCGUUUUCGAGAGGAUCUUGGAGGUUUAGUGAUGGGAGGAAAACACAGUUUUUACCUAUAGGUGAAGGGUUGCUGGUGACAAGGGUCAACGAUGAUGGUAGCUAUAGCCAGAAGAUGAUGAAAAAGAACAAUGAUGAUCAUCAUCAGCAUCAUGACCAUGUGAGAAAGAGUCAUUGGGUUGUGAAAGUUGAUAAGUGCACAGGAGAGGAGCAUGUGUUUAGGGUUAGGAUUCCACGAGGAGAAGCCAUUAUUGAAGCUUAA